AUGAAAAAUGAAAAAAAAAAAAUACAACAGGAAGAACAUAUUUCAAAGCUCACUAAAAUAAGUGGUUUUUUUACAAAAACAAGUGGAUUGCCAACCAACGUUUUACCUGAAUAUAUGGACAAAUUUGUUCACUCUGAUAAAAAUUCGACCACAGAUUUAAUAUCAAAUGACGCACACACAGAAAACAAGACAGGAGGGUUGCUCAGUUUUAAUACUGAAACUUAUAAGUCAACUGAUGAAUAUGAAAUUAUUGAAAGUACUACUCCCCCGGUUUUUACUGAACAUUUGAACAAUUGUUUCCCCUCUGAUGAAAAAUCGACUAAAGAAUUUGACACCACCGAAUUUACUGAAAAAAACGAUGACUGUGAACUCGAUUUAUCGGAAAGAUUUCCAACCGACCGAGGAAUGUUUAAAAAUUGUAUAAGCGAUAAAUUAAAACGUGAAAUUCUGAAGUAUGGGCCUUGUAAGCCAGAAAUAGAUUUUCCUCUUAAUGACUCGAAAAGAAAAUUUUCAAAAAUAUAUUACUACGUGAAGUUAAAAAAUGGUACACUUAUUCCUAGACCGUGGCUUUGUUAUUUCGUAAUUUGGGAUAUGGUUUACUGUGAAACUUGCUGGAUUUUUUCUGGUAAAAAUAAUUGUAAUCUUAAAAAAGAAUGGGUAGAAGGAAUAAAUGACUGGCAACAUCUCUCUCAGAAAAUAAAUAUUCACGAAUCUUCACUGUCACAUUUGAAUGCUAUAAAAGUUAGAACAAUGUGGACAAAAAAUUUAACUAUCAACAAAGAAUUUGAAACACAAAUAUCAAAAGAAGUGAAAUUUUGGAGAGAUAUAUUGACGCGCAUAGUUAAAAUAAUACUGACUUUAACUGCAGGAAAUACUGCUCUAAGAGGCAAUGAAGAAAAACAAUAUUCUGAAGGAAAUUUUCUUAGAACUGUGAAAUUAGUAGCUGAAUUUGAUCCUAUUUUAAAAUCAGACAUUACCAAAGUAGAUCAAGUUAGCAUCAUAAUUAGAUAUGUUAUAAUUGAUCAUGAAAAGCAUGUUUUGCAAGUUAAAGAAUCAUUCAUAGGAUUUUACAAAAUAGACCAACAUGGAGCACAAGAAUACGAAAACCUAAUUUAUAAAGUUCUUUCUGAUACCAAUUUAGAUAUAAAAAAAUGCAAAGGGCAAGGGUAUGAUGGGGCCAGUGUCAUGAAGGGUAUGUAUUCAGGAGUUCAGAAACGAAUUAUUGAUAAAGCUCCAAACGCCACAUAUGUUCAUUGUUGUGCUCACAAUUUGAAUCUGGUAAUAUGUGAUGCCGCUAAAAGUUCUUCAGAUGCUCUACGAUUUUUUGAAACAAUACAAUCUAAAUUUAAUUUUUUCAGCUCAAGUGCACCUCGUUGGGCACUUUUAGCUUUUGGAAAUGAAACCAAUGAUAUUCGUAAAAAAACACUUAAAAAACUUUGUCCAACACGUUGGGAAGCUCGACAUAAAUCGUUAUUUGCUCUUAAAGAAAGAUUUGUAGAUGUUUUAAAAUCACUUUCAAUGAUUUUUUUAACUAGUCAUAAGUCAGAAGAAAAAAUUGAAAAUAUUUUAAGGUCUACUCAAUGUGUAUCAAAAAUGUUACAAUCUCAAAAAAUGAAUAUUCAAAGUGCUUGUACUUUUCUAGAUCAAGCUUAUCAGUCAAUUUCGAAUCUUAGAAAUAAUUUUAAAGAUAUUUUAAAUACAGCAGAACUAAUAUGUUCAAAAUGGAAUAUACCUACAGAUUUUAAAACUAAGCGACAGGCAUUUGCUAAAUAUUAUUUCAAUGAAGUAGAUGGAGAUAGACUUUUAUUUCAAAUAUGUAGACGAUUUGAAGGAUUAUAUGAAGUUGCAAGUACGUUUAGUUUUUUAAAUCCUUCUUCAUUAAAAGAAAACAAUGAAGCUGAUAUCAUAAAAGCAUCUUAUGAUUUUGCUGUAAAAUAUGACAUUGACAUUAGUUCUGAUUUUACUCGACAAGUAUUGUCUUUUAAAUCAAUUAUUAAUCAAAUUGAAUUGCCUAAUAUCCUUAGUAUGAUAGGUGAUCAACAUUUUGGUCUUGGUAAGACAAAACAUUUUUAUGGUAGAACAAAUUACUAA